AUGCCUUUUGAUCCAAGUAAUUCCACUGAUACCCUUCCUUUCCAAGCCCUCUUUUGUCCCUUACCUUUUUAUGAACCCUUCUCUGUCAACUUCAGUCCUUCUCUCUCAGAUAUUUCUCUGAUAUCCUCUUCGUCUCCUCCAUGUGCCUCUUCUUACCCUUUAAUAACUCAUAUCCCUCACUCUUUCUAGCUCCAUUUCAUGCCCUCUUUCUCUCUUUUCUCUCAGUGUACUCUUUCUUAAUCUGCUUUGUUGCUUCCCUUUGUUUUCUUCUUCUUUUUCAAUCCAUCAUGGAACCUCAACAACAACAGCAGCAGCAGCAAAACCAACAACAACCAAACGAUGACAAUAGCAGCGGUGCCAAAGGAAACUUUCUUUGCAGGCAAAGCAGUACUAGGUGGACUCCCACAACUGACCAAAUAAGAAUAUUGAAGGACCUUUACUACAACAGUGGAGUUAGGUCCCCAAGUGCAGAGCAGAUUCAGAGGAUAUCUGCUAGGCUUAGACAGUACGGUAAGAUUGAAGGCAAGAAUGUCUUUUAUUGGUUUCAGAACCAUAAAGCUCGUGAGAGGCAGAAGAAAAGGUUCACCACUGAUGUCCCCAUGCAACAAAGAACUGUUUCGAAUGCUUCUAGUUGGAAGCCUGAAGACUAUUCCUUCCACAACAAAUACCCCAACAUUGCUCCUGGGUUUUCUUCUGCAUCUCCAUCCUCAGCUGCUGGGCUUCCUGUUGGACAGAUGGGAAACUAUGGGUAUGGAUCUGUAACCAUGGAGAAGAGUUUUAGGGACUGCUCAAUAUCAGCUACUGCCAACGGUGGUGUUGGUGGAUCCAUGAGCCCCAACUGUGGGUGGGUUGGCAUUGAUCCCUACUGUUCAUCCUACUCUCUCUUUGACAAGCAAAAAUCAACUAAUGAAACCCUAGAAGAUGAAGAACAAGAUCAAGAUCAAGAAGAGGAAGCAACUCCAGGGAUUGAAACCCUCCCUCUCUUCCCUACCCAGAGAGAAGACAUCAAUGGCUUCUGCAACAUGAAGCACCACCCCAUCUGCUACUCCGAAAACUACUGCUAUGGCUCUGACGAUGGAAACAACGCUUCGCGUACUUCCCUCGAACUUAGCCUCAACUCUUACAGCAAUGGGCAGGCACGGGAUUCCAUCUAAUCUAAUCACCCACUUAAUACUAAUCAAAUGUCAUUGUAAUUACUAGCUUAAUUUAGGUAUUAGCAGUUAAUUAUGGGUGCUAUGUGCUAUUAAGCCUGUGGUGUUUUCUUGCUUUGGCACUUGUUUAGAACUUCAAUUAAUGCUGUUGUGAGCUUGACGUGUACUGACAGCCAAAGAACUUAGUAGUGUGAUGAUCUUACCUUAACCUUGUGGGUUUUUCUUUUU